GGCUGAAUUGGCAUUUGAUUGACAGGCUGUACACAGCUGGAAACCAAAUUCUGAAAGGCUUCUCCAAACGCAAACCCUCCCCUAUUCAUUCACAGCCUGUUCGCAACUAAUGCUUCUCUCUAAGAACUCUUUCUUCUUCUUCUUCUUCUUCUUCUUCUUCCGUACUUUCUUCUACGAACAGUAAUUGCUUCUGCAAUUUUGUUGCAGAGUGAUUUAAUUAAGAGUUCAUCCUCGAGGUGGAUUUUGAUUCGUCUGUACUAUUUUUCCCUUUUCUGCACUGCAUUCUGAAGCGGAAGAACCGCCGGGGAAUCGAGGUUAUUGUUCUGGUAAUGGUGUUUUUGAGGGUAUAUUUGCGCCAUUUUACACGCAUUUCUAGGUUUUGCUUCCAUGAUUAAGACUCCUUGCUCUGACGGAUUCAACUCUCGCUUUCUUUGCGAUUUGUUGUUCUUGGUGUGUUGAGUUUUUUUUUUUGUUUGAGUGAAGUGCGGAGGGGCAUCCAUGGAUCCGUGCCCUUUUGUGCGUCUCACUGUUGGAAAUCUUGCUCUUAAGGUUCCGGUGGCGUCUAAGCCUACUCGUUCCGUUGUUCAUCCUUCUUCGUCUCCUUGCUUUUGUAAAAUCAAGUUUAAGAAACUGCCGGUGCAAACCGCCGUUGUGCCGUUUACUGAGAAUCAGUUUCCCGAUGGUCAGGUUCCGUCAACGGCGGCUACGUUUCAUCUCAGUAAGUCUGAUCUCGAGAAGCUUGCUGGAAAAUCUUUAUUCGCUUCGAGACCGUGCCUGAAAAUCUCUAUCUAUAGCGGGCGGAGAGGUACCACUUGCGGCGUCGACUCCGGGAGACUAUUAGGUAAAGUAUCUGUACCUUUGGUACUGGCGGGAACUGAAUCAAAGGUUACAGUAUUCCACAAUGGGUGGAUUUCAGUAGGGAAAGACUCUAAGGGUUCUUGUGCGCAAUUCCAUUUGAAUGUCAAAGCCGAACCCGACCCGAGAUUCGUGUUUCAGUUCGAUGGUGAACCUGAAUGCAGUCCACAGGUGUUCCAGAUUCAGGGCAACAUUAGACAACCCGUAUUCACCUGCAAGUUCAGCUUCAGAACCGGCGACCGGACUCAAAGAUCCAGAUCAUUGCCUACAGAAUCGAGCAGUUCAAGGGGUUGGCUUAGCUCGUUCGGAAGCGAAAGGGAACGCCCAGGAAAGGAGCGUAAGGGUUGGUCCAUCACCGUACACGACCUUUCCGGUUCACCCGUCGCCGCCGCUUCUAUGGUCACCCCGUUCGUUGCUUCGCCGGGUUCCGAUAGGGUCAGCCGGUCCAACCCAGGAUCGUGGCUGAUUCUUCGACCAGGCGAUGGCACGUGGAAGCCAUGGGGUCGACUCGAGGCAUGGCGGGAGCGGGGUGGGUCGGACGGUUUAGGCUACCGAUUUGAGCUGAUGCCGGACACGAACGGAGGGAUGAGCGCGGCCGGGAUUGUACUAGCGGAGUCGGCUCUAAACACGAACAAGGGAGGGAAGUUCGUGAUUGACUUGGGUGGAAGCUCAACGGGGAGAUCAACGCCGGUGAACUCAACGUCGCCGGCGUGUAGUCCGAGGAGCAGCGGGGAUUAUGGGUACGGGCUUUGGCCGUAUUGUGUGUAUAGAGGGUUUGUGAUGGGGGCUAGCAUAGAAGGGGAAGGGAAAUGCAGCAAGCCGAGAGUGGAAGUGAGCGUGCAGCACGUGAACUGCACAGAAGACGCGGCCGCAUUCGUGGCAUUGGCAGCGGCCAUCGAUCUUAGCAUGGACGCUUGCAGGCUUUUCUCACAAAGGCUGAGGAAGGAGCUGUGUCAACCGUUGGAUUUUCUUGCUUGAGAUCAUCCAACCCACAGCCUCGUGAUGGGGAUGGUACUUUUUGUUCUUUGUUUUUGUUUGUUCUUUGAGUCAUAAUUGAAUGCGUUUGGGUUUUUGAGUGGCGCAAUUUGUCGACGGCUUUUUAUUCCGUCGUGUGGGAGUGAUUUGGGGUUCUGCUAACAACCAUUUUUACAGGGUUUUUGUACAGUCUGUGAAAGAGAGAGUAGAACAGUCGACAGGGCACUGUUUUUGCUCUUCCCUUUUUCCUUUUUUUAAUGGUUGGUGUGUGACAUUGUUUGGUGAAGAACAACAAGGGGUUGGCUUCGAAGAUGUUGUUCUUGUUGAUAUAUAUUCAAAUCUGACCAUUAAUUGACCUUCU